GGCCUGCAGCAGGAGGGGGUCCCCAUAGGUGGAUGAAGCCAUAGGAUGUGGGCUGGGGGUAAGGUGGAGACGCAGCACGAACGGAGGGGGUGGGGCUGGGCACUGUGACACCAAGAUGGACUUCAAAGCCCAGGAGUGUAGGCGGAGAAGGGGGCACUGGGGGAAGGAGUGACGAGAAGGCUGCAGCCUGACCUGGCAGGAGGCCAGGCCCAGAACACGGGGGUGGGUAGGGCUGGGAUGGCCAGUGGGCCCCGAGGGAGCGGCCUGCAGGGGCCCGCCUUGGGAGGGCGCCACGGAUCCUGCUGAACGGGUCACUCCAGGGGAACCCCUACACAUGCCUCCUCCGGCCUUCUGCUGCUCAGCUGCCAGCUGCCCAGGGGCGUGGGACCUGCCUGACCCAGAAGCGGAGACACAAACCCCACCUGGGAGAUCAGCUUUCUAAGGCCCAGAGGCCGGGUUAUUUCUGGGCUGGGGACAUGGUUCACAUGCUUCCCCAGGAGGGUAAAUGUCAUAAAAGGCCAGCCGGCCAGGCCACCAUGCACCCACUGAUAUGCUGGUGGUGCCUCCCUGCACAGGGCAGUGCGUGUCCCCGACGGCCCCCAGGGGCUGCCUCUCCCACCCUGGGUCCAGGCUGGGCAGCAGCAGGGUUUUCCUUGAAGCAUCAGCCAGCCGGUGCCUCUGCCGGCCCUCCCCCGCCCCCAAGGUGGGCUGGGUUGAGGCCAUUUAUCUCUUGGAGGCCUGGCCCCUUGUCUGCCAUCCCAUACAUGGGCAGAGCCCUGCUGGGCAGAAUCCCUUUGCCCCAAGCCUUGAGCCCCUCCGCCACACCCUCCCCUGCUUGCCCACAGCCCCUACAUUUGCAAAUCAAAACCUCACUUUGAGGACUGGCUGGUGUGAGGAAUGGGGCGGGGGCGGGGAUGUCAGUGCAGCCGGGAGAAGUGUCUGAAGAGCCGCUUGGCCGGCAGGGGUGGGCAGGAGGGAAGCCAUGCUUGACGUUGAUCCAGGCACUGAGGGCCGGCCCCGCCCAGGUGAGCCUCACACAGGUCCCGGAACAUGCUGUCCCCAACUGGCCCGUGGGCCUGGCACCGACGCCUCUGCCUCUUUACCCUUCUAGAUGCUAGUUCAGGAGACGCCCCAUGGCUCACAGGCGGCUGGUGUCUGUCUCCUGAGGACCAGGGAGGGCCCAGCCCGAGCGGGCAGCGGACGGAGACGAAAACAGGGCCUCCAAGGUUGGAGAGCCCGUGAUCCCCCUGGUGACAGCAUGCCAGGUGUGGUGGGUACAGCCGGGCAGACCGUUUUGCUGUGUGACCCUGGGUAGAGUUGGGCUAUUCCUAAUUGUUGGUUCCAGACACACUCCCCUCCGUGGCCUCUGCACGGCCCACCUGAUUUAUUUACAAAGUGCAAUAAGUGGAAGGGCACAGCCCAAAUGGGCAGGAUCCUGAGGACAAGCAGCCCUUCAGCCCCCAUGACCAUGACGUGUCCUGCGUCCUGGGUCUGGGGUGCCCAUGCUUUCUGCCUGAACUAGUGUCACUGCACCACAAUGCAUUCCUACAAUGUACAUAUUUUCUAGUUUUUUUUCUUUCAAGUUACCCUGCUCUGUGCCUCAGAGACCUGUUAAAUGUGAGGCUGUUGUGGGUCGGGAGAGUGGCCGCCCCGUGCUCCCCCAGUGUGUUUGGCUGCAGGAUCAAUUCACCCGUCCCGCCCUGGCUCAGGCACCAUGCUGCAGUCGGAGGCAAGGUUCUGGAGAACCCAGGGCUGCGCCACAGAGUCCGGUCCCUGGUUCCCUGUGUGCCUCAGAAGCAAAGUGGGCCACCCAGGGGGGUGUGCCAGGUCACAGGUCUGUGGACGCGUUAGCAGGAUGGGGCUCCUGUGGCUGGGGCACCCUGUGCACCUCUCGACUGUGUCCCCCAGAUGGCUGCACAGCCCUUGGCUGCAGAAAUGGCUUAAGUCUCGGCGCUCUCAGAGCCUUCAGGGCCCAGAGCAGUGGGCGGGGCCUGAGGGUGCUGGGGUCUGGCUGCCCUGUGAGACCCUCUCCUGGGUUCCCAGAAGCAGCACGUUGUGUCCCUAUCCAGGCUGGAACAACACAGGCCCAGCUUGGCGGGGGGGGCGUUCUGCUCCAGGGGGCUGUCUUGUCAUCACCCUGACCGCUAGCUGGCCAUCCAAUGGGACGCAGAUUUCUCACAUUCCUUCGACCCCCACACUGAACCUGUGCUCCCUUGGUCCAGGUACAGACCUUGUCCUCACUGGAGUCCGGUCCUGUCCCCAGUUCCCUGUGUGCCUCAGAUGCAGAAGUGGGCCACUCAAGGGGCUGUGCCAGGUCACAGGGGGCUCUGAGGAAAGGCGGGGGCUGACAGGAAGGGGCGUCAGGAAGUGCUUGGGUGGCGUGGGUGCAGUGCUCACACUGCGGGACUGGCAGACAUGACACAUCAGGGUCUUUCCCCAGAGCUGAUUCACUGCACACUGCCGGUGGGGACAGGCCUGUGCUUCAGCGGCCAGCGGCAUGGGCUGGACUGAACACAGCCCAGGUCUCGGGACUGUCUGAGUCCCCUCGGAACAGCUUCUGUCUGGGACGAGGAACCAGCACUCCUGGCCAUGGGAGGGGCCGUGGUGGACGAAGGCCCGACAGGCGUCAAGGCCCCAGACGGGGGCUGGGGCUGGGCCGUCCUGCUGGGCUGCUUUGUCAUCACCGGCUUCUCCUACGCCUUCCCCAAGGCGGUCAGCGUCUUCUUCAAGGAGCUCAUGCGUGAGUUUGGGAUUGGCUACAGCGACACGGCCUGGAUCUCGUCCAUCCUGCUGGCCAUGCUGUACGGGACAGGCCCGCUCUGCAGCGUGUGUGUGAACCGCUUUGGCUGCCGGCCAGUCAUGCUGGUGGGUGGCCUCCUGGCGUCCCUGGGCAUGGUGGCUGCAUCCUUCUGCCGGAGUGUCAUCCAGCUCUACCUCACCACUGGGGUCCUUACUGGCCUGGGACUGGCGCUCAACUUCCAGCCGUCACUCAUCAUGCUAAACCGCUACUUCAGCAAGCGACGCCCCAUGGCCAACGGUCUGGCAGCGGCUGGCAGCCCUGUGUUUCUGUGCGCGCUGUCCCCGCUGGGGCAGCUGCUGCAGGACCAGUACGGCUGGCGGGGCGGCUUCCUCAUCCUGGGCGGCCUGCUGCUCAACUGCUGUGUGUGCGCAGUGCUCAUGAGGCCCCUGGAGGCGCCCGGGGCGGGGGCAGAGCAGGGGCCCCAGCGGCCGGCCCGGAGGCUGCUGGACCUGAGCGUCUUCAAGGACCGCGGCUUCGUUAUCUAUGCGGCAGCCGCCUCCGUCAUGGUGCUGGGGCUGUUCGUGCCGCCGGUGUUCGUGGUGAGCUACGCCAAGGACCUGGGCGUGCCGGACGCGCGGGCUGCCUUCCUGCUCACCGUGCUGGGCUUCGUGGACAUCUUCGCCCGGCCAGCCGCCGGCUUCGUCACGGGGCUCCCCAAGGUGCGGCCCUACUCCGUCUACCUGUUCAGCUUCGCCAUGUUCUUCAACGGCAUCACCGACCUCACGGGCUCCACGGCGGGCGACUACGGCGGCCUGGUGGUCUUUUGCAUCUUCUUCGGCAUCUCGUACGGCAUGGUGGGGGCCCUGCAGUUCGAGGUGCUCAUGGCCGUUGUGGGCACCCCCAAGUUCUCCAGUGCCAUCGGCCUUGUGCUACUGCUGGAGGCUAUCGCUGUGCUCAUCGGGCCCCCGUCGGGAGGCAAACUCCUGGACGCGACGCAUGUCUACCAGUACGUGUUCAUCCUGGCAGGGACCCAGGUGCUGGCCGCAUCCCUGGUGCUGGUGCUGGGCAACUACUUCUGCAUUGGGAGGAGGCCUGCAGCGGCCACGGAGGUGGCCAAGCACCACCAGCCCCCUGAGAACGGCAGGGCGGACUCGAGGGAGGUGGAGCGGUUCCUGAAGGCAGAGCCUGAGAAAAACGGGGAGGUGGCUCACACCCCGGAAACGAGCGUCUGAGCCGGAGCCCGUGGGGCCCAUUCAUUUCACACAGGACUGGCUUGGGCAGCGAAGCGUCGCCUGAACAGUGUUUGUCAGGGGAGAUGGCGGGUGAACCGUGUCGUUCCAAAGCGGAUCUGUGGGGAAGCCAAGCCGAGGUCGCCCGCCGUCUGCACCAGCGUCCAGCCUGCUGACCCCAGAGCAGCCGGUGCCCAGCACUGGGCUUAAGGACCUAGAAACCCACGCUCGGAGACAACACGACUUUAAUCAGAGGGUGGGGCCGUCCCUGCCCCGUCUGCACCCUGGCACCCCAGCCCGGCCUGAGUGUGUGGGGACAAAACUCCCUUCCUGCACCUGUGGGAGGUCUGGAAUAAAGCUUGUGUGGGAGGAGUUGGCUGUUGAACA